AUGGCCGUGGAUAGCACAGAUAUAGCAGAGACUUCUUUGCUGGCGGCUAGCUCCGCAGCUGUAAGCACCACGAAUGGUACAACCGGCGCCGAAAAUGUUGUUGGGAAUUCGAGCCAGAAAUACGAACUACCUAGGGCACCGGCAACAUUGAACGUCAGUGCACUGCAAGAUAGAGAUAAUGACGAUCUGAGUGAUAGUGCGGAAACGCUGGACUACAAGUCUAUGGACCCGGGCAAACCUGAAGCGUCGCAGGUAACGGAAGUGAGCGAGAUUUUACAAUCGACGUCCCUGGACGAUCCAAUACAGUUCACAAGAGUCUCCUCCUCUUCAGCACUGAGCAGCAGCUCCUAUGAUGGCAGCGAUGUCAUCAGUGGGUCUCAUGAGACAGAGACAGAGCCAGGCAACCAAGAACCUUCGCACCCGCAGGUGAAAAGCUCGAGACAAGAGUCAGGGUUGUUCGAGCUGCAAGAACAGUCAACGCUCGGCGACAAGACCAAUUCUACGAUAAGAGCUUCAGACCAGUAUUAUGCUGAGAGCACUGGACUGACGAAUGACUCGAUGUUGCUAUCAGGUGGUAAUGAAACUCCGAUCUCGCAAGAAUUCUCUACUCGAAAUAGUUCAUCAGCCAACAUUGACAAUCACAGUCACCUUAAGAGUAGUACGCCAAAGAGUGACUACAGUCGUGAAAACUCAAAGAAAGAUGUUGUGAGGCACUCUCCUAAUGGUUUUAUAAUGGAAGAGCCCCAAAACUCUAGUCCCGAUGUUAAUGGUAAAGAACCUGAAACUAGAGACACCGGUAAGACAAGGCCGGAUUCAUCUGGAGCUGAAAAGCAACCUUUGGUAACACCUACCAUCAUCCAAGGAGAUUUCCAUCAGCAACAUCAACCAGGUUCUGUUGCUAAAAUACAAUCUCAAAAAUCACCCUUCCAAGUGGUCUCAUCACCUUUUAACAACAUGAGGAAGGCUUCUCGGCCCGGAGAUGUAACUCCAGAAAGUCCGAGGUCACAAUCACAGACUCCUUCGCCAAGUCUGGAGGGUAAGAAAAGAAGAAGUGGAGGGAACAGAAUGAAGGGCGUUUUUUCUUCGUUGAUGCAAAAUAUGAAGAGAACCUCGCAGGGCGAGAAGAGACAAUCCAACUCUGGUCUGAAAAUCUCAACACCAUAUAAUGCCAAGCACGUUCACCAUGUCGGUGUUGAUACCAAGACCGGUGAAUAUACCGGUUUACCCGAAGAGUGGGAGAAGCUAUUGACGUCGAGCGGGAUUUCAAAAAGAGAACAACAGCAGCACCCACAAGCUGUCAUGGACAUUGUUAAAUUCUAUCAAGAUGUAACAGAAGCGAAUGGUGAAGACAAGGUCUUUAAAACUUUUCACGUUGGAAACUCAGGAAAGAAUAUAUCGAGUACCUCUUCUUUCAGAACUCCAUCUCCACCAUCUGUUAACAAGUUCGAAAAUUCAGCGCCCAAAGCUCAGCCGCAAACCAGUCUGGGUCUCAACAGCACUGCACAGGAACUCCAGUCACCUGUAAAUCUAAGAGAGGUACCAAGGCAGCAUAAUUUAUCAAGCAAUGAACGGUAUAUGCCAAGCCGCCCGGCUCCAAAACCGCCAGGAACCCCUACCAAAAACGAUAUUACUUCCCCACUUGCGCAAUCAAACUCUGCUAAUGUCUCUCCUAAAGUUGCCCGUACCGGAAGCUUGUCAUCUGGAAUCAAAGCGUUAUCGCGCAAAAAUACUCUGGCGAAGGCUGAGCAGGCAACCCCAUCUCAAGUACAGAAUAAGAACGUUUUGCCAAGCGCGAAGGCUAAUCUAGAACCGUCAAAAAUUGGGUCUGUAGUUAGGGCAGCUCCUCCACCACCUCUUCCUAAAGAUGUGCCAAAAUCUGAAACUGCACCAAGUGAUAUGCAGAAAGCUGUCGACUUGAAACGGGAAGACAGAAGGAGAAAAAUUCAACAGCUCUAUGCUACGCUUGCGGAAAUUUGUUCCGAAGGAGAUCCCAGUAAGCUGUACAAAAAUCUCAUAAAGAUUGGUCAGGGUGCUUCGGGAGGCGUAUAUACUGCCUACGAAGUCGGCACGAAUGCCUCAGUUGCUAUCAAACAAAUGAAUCUUGAAAAGCAACCCAAGAAAGAGCUCAUAAUUAAUGAAAUUUUGGUUAUGAAGGCAAGCAAGCAUCCCAACAUUGUGAAUUAUAUUGAUUCCUAUGUUUUGAGAGGCGACCUUUGGGUUGUAAUGGAGUACAUGGAGGGUGGGUCAUUAACAGACGUCGUCACACACUGCAUACUGACCGAAGGUCAGAUAGGAGCUGUAAGCAGAGAAACUUUGGAAGGUCUACAGUUUCUACAUUCAAAAGGUGUAAUACACCGUGACAUAAAAUCUGAUAAUAUCUUACUUUCGAUGACAGGAGAAAUCAAGCUGACAGAUUUCGGUUUCUGUGCACAAAUCAACGAAACAAAUUUGAAGCGCACAACAAUGGUGGGCACACCGUAUUGGAUGGCCCCUGAAGUUGUUUCAAGAAAAGAGUACGGGCCUAAAGUUGAUAUAUGGUCCCUUGGUAUCAUGAUUAUUGAAAUGAUUGUAGGUGAGCCACCUUAUCUGAAUGAAACGCCAUUAAGGGCCUUGUAUCUCAUUGCCACAAAUGGUACUCCAGAGUUGAAGGAUGCUGAAAGUUUGAGUGAUGAUAUGAGAGCCUUCUUAGGCUGGUGUCUGCAUGUAAAUCCUGACGAAAGAGCAACCGCUUCACAGCUUCUCAUGGAUCCCUUCAUUACAGCAUAUGCAGAUGAUGUUCGUUCUCUCGCACCCCUUGUAAAACUUGCAAGGAUGAAAAAGCUCGCAGAGAAGAUGGAAGAUGGUGAUGAGAGUGGUGAGGAGAGCUCCUGA